AAGAGAGGGCGAGCGCGUUUCAGUAAACUAUUGUUGUCGGUGCAAAGAGUUGGCUCUGUACGUGCGUCGUGCGUUAACUGCGCUGCGUUCAGGACAAGCACGAAGCGCGCGUUUGAGCGGAACAUGGGUCAUUAUCACAGUUUACUUUACCCCAAUCUGCCUCCACACAAUGGGACUAUAGGAAAAGAAAUUCUGUGGUAAUACCCUCGGUUUAUCGAUUCGUUCGAUUCUAGGGCAUUUUGGCGAGCAGCUGUAAUGGAGAUGAUAACUUUCAUAUUGGCCAGCUUUGUGUUCCUGAACACGGGGGACAUGAUCACCAGGGCCAUGCUGAAUGACAUUGGGGAAUAUGUAGGUACAGACAUUCAAAUAUCCUGGUUGCCUAACCUGGAUGAUUUAAUGAAGGGCUAUGCUCGAAAUUUUCGCCCUGGGAUAGGAGGUCCACCUGUGAACGUAUCCAUGGCUAUUGAAGUAGCCAGCAUUGAUCACAUUUCAGAAGCUAACAUGGACUACACCAUGACCGUGUUCCUCCGUCAGAGCUGGCGGGAUGACCGGCUGUCCUACAACCACACCAACAAGACCCUGGGGCUGGACAGCCGCUUUGUGGACAAGCUCUGGGUCCCAGACACCUUCAUUGUGAAUGCCAAGUCUGCCUGGUUCCACGACGUCACGGUAGAAAACAAGCUGAUCCGCCUACAGCCCGAUGGGGUCAUCCUCUACAGCAGCCGGAUAACCUCGACAGUGGCUUGUGAUAUGGACCUGACCAAAUACCCUAUGGAUGAACAGGAGUGCAUGCUGGACUUGGAGAGUUAUGGUUACUCCUCAGAGGAUAUUGUUUACCACUGGUCAGAGAGCCAGACACAUAUCCAUGGAUUGGAUAAACUAGAACUGUCCCAGUUCACAAUCACUGACUACAGAUUUGUCACAGAGAUGAUGAACUUCAAAUCAGCGGGCCGUUUCCCCAGGCUCAGUCUAAGGUUUGAGCUAAGGCGUAACCGAGGCGUCUACAUUAUCCAGUCCUACAUGCCCUCCAUCCUAUUGGUCGCCAUGUCCUGGGUGUCCUUUUGGAUCAGCCAAUCGGCUGUUCCAGCUAGGGUAACUUUGGGGAUCACCACGGUCCUCACCAUGACUACUCUGAUGGUGAGCGCCCGAUCGUCACUCCCACGAGCCUCAGCCAUCAAAGCCCUGGAUGUUUACUUCUGGAUCUGCUAUGUGUUUGUGUUUGCUGCUCUGAUUGAGUAUGCCUUCGCUCACUACAAUGCCGACUACAGGCUGAAAGAGAAGGCUAAAGUCAAGGCCAACAAGCUGAGUUCUGAGUCCAUUGUGAAGAACGGCAAGCAGGCCAUGGUUCUCUUCUCCCUAUCCGUCACUGGUAUGAACCAGGGCGUCGUGAUCUCCAAUCGUCACAACCGUGCCCAGCGCUCCGGCUCCGAGAUCCCCGGGGAGGGUGGGGAUGAGGCCGAGCCCAGGAGGGGGCGGAACAGGGUGGUGGAGGAGAGCAAGAAGGAGAAGAAGUGCUGUGCCAAGUGUGUGUGUAAACCCAUCGAUGCCGACACCAUCGACAUCUAUGCCAGAGCAGUGUUUCCUUUCACGUUUGCCGUUGUCAAUGUCAUCUACUGGGUGGCAUACACCAUGUGAGCUGGUGAGGACAGCCGUACAGAGACUGCUGACAUGGACCAAUGUACAUACUGUAAUGGAAAUCAAAGGUCUCUUGUCAUUCUAAGACUUGUUCUGUGACACUUGCACGGUCUUCUUCAAGCCUGGAAUGUAGACUUCAGAAGGAACACAUUCAUGUAUGACCAUAGAAUAUGGUAAAGGCUAUAUAGAGAGUUGAAGUGAAAAAAAGGAAAUGUUAUGAAUCAAUAUAACAGCUAUGGACAAUAUAGUCUGGACCAGAUGUUGCUGAGGUCAUGCCCUGUGGGAGACCCACUGUCCCACUGCCAGACUAUUGACCUUUAACCUUUAGCAACUUUAUCCACAAUCCCCCAUGUAUUGCCCAUCGCUAUCCCCCACACUAAUAAAUUAUGUCCUGUUAUAACAUAGACCGCAUACUCAAAGUCUUAUUGAUUUGCACAACUGUAAUUAGCUGGCUGAACGACUCAAGAGCACAGACAGACCAUUGUCUCAAACAAGAGGAAGUGUUCAAACACAGAAUGACCAAAUGUGUGUUCAUCUGCAUGGCUGCUACCUUGCCCGCACACUCCCUUCACCCCGUCUUUCCCUCAGUCUUUCUCUAAUUCCACCACCCGUUUUUCCAUUCCAGUUUUUUAUUUGGGACGCGGAGCUUCUUAUCUGCUGGUACCAGCCAUGCUGCCUGUUUCCUGAUCAUUAAAGGACUUCCUCUACUACCUGAGUAUCUCCUGGCUGGAAAUAUUCACUCUGAGUUGAAAUACCUUGCUUUGUUUAAAACUGAUGUUUAAAAUCACAUUGCAGUUUCUUAUAAUGAGCUAUUGUUCUCUUAAAAAGAAUGGAAUUACAUGAGUGAUUUUUCAUCAAAGCAUUUCUGUGAAUUCGCUGGCAUUGUCAACAAGGGUAUGAGAGGAUGGUUUCGCUGCCUGUAUUUCUUUUUUAUUUUGCUAGGGUACUUCGAACUCCAGGGACCCCUAAGUGACACUCAAGCAUAACUUCAUUUUGAGAAAAGAACUUGUUUGGGACACAAUAAAUAAUGUAAAUUGAC